AUGUCUUCUCAAACACAGGCUACUCGUCUCUCACCAACGGGAGCAGGGCCAAAGCCACUAGAAUCCUGGAACAAAGCCACCAGUGCAAUGGGGAAGCGCCGUUCAUCAAAGGCGUGUCUAUCCUGUCGCAACAGGAAAGUUCGCUGUGACGUGGUUCGUGGAGGAGUGCCUUGCAACAACUGUCGCUUGGACAAUGUUGAAUGUAUCAUCAAGGAAUCCAACCGAGGAAAGAAGCUGGGAGAGGGCCGUUCGCGCCCGGCAGUUACUUCACCAGCGGGAACUACUCAUGUAGAGCCUGCAUCUCCUGGUAUUAGACAAGAUACGGCUCGCAUGUCUCUUGAAGGCCCAGACAACCAACAGAAUGAAUCAGGAGCCGAGGACUGCCCUGAUUACAGUCAAGAUGAAGACGAUGGGCCUGACGCAAAUCAUGAUUUUGACGACCAGGACGAGUUCCAGGUAGUGGAGGAACCCAAUGUUGCUCCUAGUAACACUCAGAUCCUUGACCCGACGUUGUACAAUGGGAUGAAUAUGAGUGGAAUUCCGGCACCGUACCUGCCGCCUUAUAUAAAACCUCUCCCAAGUCAUAUAGGGCCGCGAGACCUCUUUUAUCUUGCGGACAAAGAUGCUUUGACAAUUCCAGAUGAUGAGCUCCGGGGCGAACUACUCCGGGUGUACGUUUACAUUGUCUACGCCUUCAUGCCUGCAGUGGAGCUGAAUUCAUUUCUUGGUCCGAUUCUGAGAAAUGAUGGAAAGAACGCAGUCAGUUUAGUUCUUUUUCAGGCAGUUAUGUACGUGAGCGUAACGUUCGUGGACGAUGAAUAUCUCCAAGCAAGAGGAUAUUCAAACCGAAAAUCGGCUCGCAAGAUCUUUUUCAACCGGGUUCGCUUGCUUUACGGGCUUGACUGUGAGCAAGACCGCCUCACAGUUCUUCAAUCCUUGCUUUUCAUGACAUAUUGGUGCGACUUUUCAAACGACGAAAAGGAUACUUGGUACUGGAUAGGAGUCACCUUGUCACAGGCCCAAGCCAUUGGUGUCCACAGAAAUCCGGAAACUUUGGAUAUCAGCUCAGAAGAAAAGUGUAUGAGAAGGAGGAUCUGGUGGUCAUGCCUCAUUCGAGACCGGCUCUUGUGUCUUGCUGUUCGGCGACCCCCAAGAAUACGCGACGGAGAGUUCGAUGUCCCAAUGCUAACUAUCGACGACUUUGAGAACAGCCUUCAAAGGCCGACCGAUGAGGUACUAAAACUCCUCGGAGAGUCUGGGCUUACUACGCUUGAUGCCGAUGGCCGCAAAGGUGUGGCAUUGAUUUGUGUAGAGCUGGCCAAGCUGUGCAUUUGCAUUGGCCAUGUGCUUACGACGCAAUAUUCUAUACUUGGCAGCCCGUUUGGAGGUUCCCAAUCCUUCACACAAACUGCAACUGUACCGCAGUUCUCAGAGAAGCAAGCCCUCGACUUAGCCAAGUGUGAGGGUGAGUUGGAGGAUUGGCUGCGAAAUCGGCAAACAAUUUGCCAAUAUUCACCUCCUAUGCGAGGAUCAACUGCAAGUAACAACUGUUGUGACCGGAUCACUCGACUACACCAGGCUCUAUUACAUAUGAUCUAUCUCAACACAAUCGGGGCUCUUCAUCGACCUCAAGCAUUCAGUCCUACCACAAGUCCGGCCGAGUUUGAUAACCGAAAGAAUUCAAUACACAGAGUAAAGGAAGCAGCGAUUGCCACCACCAAACUUGCAUUUGACCUUCAAUCAGAAAACCAGUUCCAUUACCUAUCGACAAGCAGCAUACCUGCUUUUCUUUCUGCGGCGCUUAUACAUCUACGGGAUGUAUGCAGCCCAGUAGAGGAGGUUCGCAGUACUGGAAUUGGUCGUUUCUACCAGAGUAUCCAAGCCUUGCACCAACUCCAGGAGAUGUACGUGGCAGCUGAGCUUGCUAUCCGAUUCCUGGAGAAAGUGAUCAAAACUAUCGAUCUCCCGAGUCCUAUGCUAGCAGCAAUCCGGAUCUCCCGGGCCAGUGGGACUCAAAUGCCGGUUGAAAACAGGAAUUUGAUAGCCUUCUGGGGCUAUCAUUCGAAUGAUCGAGGUUUUCCUGGGGCUGUGACCCCCAGUGGCCCUCACAGCCAGGAUCUUGCGCCAUCUAAUACGUCAAGAGCAGACCUCGCCAAUUUUCAACCUGCCCUUAGCCCAUCUAUAAACAACAUUUUCAGCAAUAUUGCACUUGAUAGAGGGCAGCUUAGUUCAAUACCCGAAGACUUUGAAAUAGCUCAAAUGCUACCCGACCUUGAUGGUGACGGGCCUCUACCAGAGCUCAUCAAUUUUGAUAUUGACCCUAGUUUUUUCCAAACAGAGUAA